AGGCAAGUAUUUAGUCAUUCUGCAUGAAAGCUGCACACACACUUGUCUGCUCAAGUCCACUGUAACUUGUGGACCAAUAGGGAGGUAUUUCUCUGUUUCCUGCGGAUCCGAGGACCACGAUUUGAUUUACUCUUUUUCCAUUCUUAUGUAAACUGUGCGUCGUGACCACAGGAUACUUUUACGCACAGUUAUUCAACGCUCACAAGGACAAUGCCUCGAUCCUUCUUGGUCAAAAAGUACUUCGCGAAACAAAAGCCAAACUACAGUGAACUGGAAUGUCAAAAUGACACUUCACUGGAGAGGUUUCCUCUUGCUGAGCUCUCAUCAGGGGACAACACCUCCACUGCCACCUGCUUCACAACAGGCCUAGUGUGGGACCUGAGUGUCCUGCCUGCCCUCUACCUGCCCACCUCUCAAACAGAGCCCUCUGCCACCCCGGGUCCCCUGGACCUCAGCUCUCCAUCCAGCCUCAGCAGCAGUGCCAGCAGUUGUGGAGAGGAGGAUGAAGGCCGCACCUCAGACCCCCCCAGCCCGGAACCUGUACACACGUAUGCCCCUCGCCAGCGGAUGAAAUGCACCGGCGUUAUGCCCCAUCUCAGUCCCCCUGAGGAGGAGGAGGAGAGGGAGGCCCCUGUCACAGCAGCCAGACCAGCGUUUCUUUGCAAACACUGCCCCAAAGAGUACACAAGCCUCGGGGCUCUGAAGAUGCACAUCCGCUCACACACCCUGCCCUGUGUGUGCACCACCUGUGGAAAGGCUUUCUCCAGGCCGUGGCUGCUGCGUGGCCAUAUUCGCACACACACAGGUGAGCGCCCAUUCUCCUGCCCCCACUGCAACAGGGCCUUCGCUGACCGCUCCAACCUGCGGGCUCAUCUGCAGACCCACGCUGAGGUGAAGAAGUACCAGUGUGGCGUCUGCUCUCGCACCUUCAGCCGCAUGUCGCUGCUGCAGAAACACAGCUCCUCCGGUUGCUGUUCCUCCACGGUGUGAGACACCUCAGAGAGAGAGACAGUGGGUACCCAGUCCGAGCUCAGGGCAGCAGAGGGGCUACACGCCCUGGAGAGGGGGUCUACACAAGCCCAGCUGGCCUGUUGAUGACCUGUAAGGCCACAAAGAGCAUGAAAUGGCCUACUUUAAGAGACCUGGAGGGAAUCAAGCCUCAUUAUGGAUCUGACUUUACAAGCCGUUUAGCUUCUCUGCUCUGUGAAAAAAAAAAAAAAAAAACAUCUGAGAAGCAGAUUUUUUUUCUCCCAAUCUAGAUUGAGGCUGGACCAAAUCUGAACUGAGCAGCACCGACACUCACUCGAUAUCAGCCCCUUUGUUGCUAUUGUGCCCAUCCCAAAGACCAAAUAUGUAGUGAACUCAUUGGGGUAAGAGGUGUUCUUUCCUGUCUCUGUCCUGGUGCCGGCCAGCUCAGGAUCAUAGCCUACACACAGCUGCCGAGAGGUAGGGGUGCGUGGGUGGAAUAAAUCUCUCAGCGUGCCUCACAACACACACACACACACACACACAUACAUACACACACACACACACACACACACACACACACAGUCACACACACACAAAAGCAAAUGCACACACAGCUGUCCCUGGUACUGUGGUGUAGAUAGACGAGGUGCUAACAGGUGCUACAGCCAUGACCUUCGCUGGCUGAUAGCAGGUGACUUCCACUGCCCUUGGUUUGCUUAAGAAAAAAGAGGAAGCAUGUCAUUACAAAAGAAUGGCAUCAGUUAGUCUUUUUUCACCAGUGAGGAUCAGUUUAAGCCUCUAUUUUGUCUACAUCCAAACCUUCCCUUUAAUCUGAUGAUUGUCAAAGAUAGGAAAAGCCAUGCUGUCUGUUAUUUUCCAAAGAAGCUUCACUUUGCAGGGCCACUGCAGCGUGGAUGGACAAUGCAAGCCAUGCACUCAAGGUUACCACAGUGUUAAUAAUACCAGCCAAAGCCAUAUUUUGUAACUUAAAUGAAUUUGUGCCUUGAAAUUGUUCAACUUUAUAAGCCAAAAAUGUGCCUUUUUUACCUCAGUUAGUAUUGUGGAUUUAAAUUUGAUUGCAGUAUUAGUAGAAAUUAGCACCAAAGUGUUUGAAAUGCAAGAAGGCUGGGACCAAAGAUUUUUAAGGUUUACACCAUGGAGACAUGGUUGACUAAUAUGUGAUCAGAACCCUGUAAAUGGACAGUACACAGAUGAACUUUCUAACUUUCCUAAUUAUUUUAUGGCAGUGUUUUAUAGUGCAAUGUGCAGAUGAUGUUAUUUCAAUUUUGUACCAUGCUUGUGUGUUCACUUGUAUUUCUUGUAUGUUGUAACGGAAACAUUUUCAUUCAAUAAAGUAAUUUAUGUUUAUUAAAA